UGUUGGUGAUUGAUGGAUGUCAUUCUACCGUACACCAUAAAUUUCUGGCAACGUUCUGUACGAAUUGGACAUUUUACAUUCCGUCGACGAUAUUUUUCAGUACCAUGGACGUGGCAGCCUCUGCAUCAACUCCUACGGCCUCUUUCCACCCUUUUUCGCGCCUCCCUGCAGAGCUUCGUGUUCGUGUCUGGAGCUUCACGAUAUGGCCGAGAAACGUGGACUUCAUAAUGUGUGGUUGGCAGAAUCAAAUGAACGACAAUAGCUUUGCCUCUUCGACUACCCUUAAACAGCGUAAUGCGGUGCCAGCAAUCCUCCACGUUUGUCGGGAAUCCAGAUAUGAGGGAAUGAAUUUCUAUACCCUUCUCCGACAUUCAAUCACUGGUUUGGGCAUAGGAUACUUCAACUUCGAUCUAGACACUCUUUUCAUCAGUCCACGAUCUUCGAAGGACGUCAAAUACCAUGCAAGUCAAUGCAGUCCUGCGCCGUGGACAAAUGCCAUGUUCUUCCGGCUCACGAGUAUUGCUGGAAACUACGUUCCAACACCUCUCGCGGAACUUUCCUGCAUUGGCAAACAAAUCAAUAUCGAACAACUUCAUUUGAUCAAGACAGUUGUGGUACCUUGGGACUUUGUUUUCUUGGGAUUUGAUUUGUCUCGGGAGUACAUGUUCUGCAACAUGAGGGGCAUUCGAAAGAUAACUUUUAUGUUCGAAGCGCAAUUCGCACGUUCUUCCCGGCUGGUAUCGGACAUGCAGAGCCAGCUUCGCGCGGAAGCGGACGACACGAGGGCACGCUUUCCUGACUGGGUUGAGCCACAAUGGGAAUUUGAGUUCUUAGAUUAAGAAAAGUGUUUAUGUCUGUUCCGUUCAGGUGCAAGUCUUUC